AACGAAACUAAAAAUAAAGCAAACCAAACCAAUAGUGUUUUCUCUGCAAGCCCGCUAACAGAAUUUAUAGAUGAUUAAGCUGAGAUUUUAGUUGUAUUGCAUAUGUUGUCUGUAAGGUUAUUCUAUUUUAUUAUUGUCGUGUUAAUUAAUUAUAACACCGUACCUACAAGUACAAUGAGUCGAGUAAACCAGGCACAAAUGAAGAAAUUACUCGAUCUUCUGAGCGAAGAUGGGGUUUUAGUGAACGGCAAAGUUUCUUACUCUAGCACCAAUAAGCAGGCUUUCUGGAAACAAAUCGCUGUGCAGUUAAACUCUGUGGAUGGAGGGGUUUACAAGAAUACCUGGAAAUGGUGUAAGAUGUGGGCUGACUGGAAAAAUAAAACAAAAAAGAAAGCAAAUAUUCUCCUGCGGAAAAAACACUACAGCUAUAGCCAGCAGGUGGCUCCACUCAAUAAUCUAGAGAUAAGACUACUGAAGAUGAUCAACUACCCUCUGGAUGAUAACUAUGAUAAGACAGAUGUUCUGGAAAUGGUAAAUAAGGUAGAGAUGCCAGAACCAACUCCAGAUGAAAUAACAGAUUUUUUGACAGAAGGCUUUGAGGCUCCUUUGAGUCCUGAUCAAAAUAUGUCCUCUGAUGAAGAAGACAAUACAGUUUUAGGCAAUUUUGCUAGGAGCAAGAGCAAAUUUUGUAAUGUUGAUAAUAUAGAAGAUAGUGAUACCAAAUCUGAACAUGAUGGAGGAUCUGUAAAUGCAGAUAAAAAAGUCAAAAUAAAAGGAAAAAAGUACAAGAAAUUAAAAACAUCCUUAGAAGAAUUUAAACUAAAAUCAACACUAGCUUUAGAAAAAGAAAAAGUUCAACAGAAAAGUGAAGAACUAAGGCUGAGGGCAUUAGAGCUAAAACUUAAAGGGGAAGAGCUGAGAUUGAAAGAAACUGAGAUGAACAAAAUAAAUUAUUUAACCAAUAUUGAAGAGGAAAAACUGAAAUGCUUUAAAGAUAUAUCAGCAUCAUUGAAAGAGUUGUUAGACCGCACAAGAAAUGGAAAUGUUAGGUUCCACAAUGUGUUGUAAUGUAACAUACAACUUAAAUCUGUUGAAAAUAUUUUCAAUAAGCAAAGAUACUAUAAAGAAGCACCAAGAAGCUUUACAAGCUACAGGCUGAAUCUGAGAACUUCAGGGGCAUUAAACAAGGUGACAAUGAGGAGACACACUGACAUUUUAUCCCGUCAGGCGGCGCCUGUGCAAGCGUCUAGGCAUGUCAUUCAUGUGAGAGAGAAAACAAAUACCAUCUUCUCGCUCUCACGUAUGAAAUUCUUUAUCUGUGCAAUGGACUAAUAGCGUGGCGCCAUCUGUCAUGACAUGACCUUUGAGUGUGCCUUCUCAUUGUUUGCGGUCAACGAAAUGAUAUCUAGUAAAUAAUAUAAUACUGAUUCAUUCCCGUAUAAUCAUAUGAUUAUCAUCUUGGGUAGCCUGCGAAAAACCACCUAUCGUAGAUCUGCACGGGAAGCAUGGUCGC